AAUUACAGUCAUAUGGGUCUGAGCGACUUGCUUGAGGUCAUUUUUGUCCCGGCAAACCUCCAUUGGAAAAAGGAGAGGAUGUGUGCUGCGUGCUUCGGUCGAUAGAGGGCGACAACGUCCGCCCACGCCCGUAGGUAGGUCUUUGGAAGUUAAGAGAGCGUGUGCCCCAACACAACCAAAACAAUGAAAGCUAUCAUUCAGAGGGUCACCAAGGCGAGUGUGACAGUGGGAGGAGAAGAGAUCAGUUCAAUAGGACGAGGACUGUGUGUACUGCUGGGAAUAUCAGUGGAGGACACCCAGAAGGAUGCUGACUACCUAGUACGCAAGAUCCUGAACCUGCGGCUGUUUGAAGAUGAGAACGGGCGGGCGUGGAGCAAAAGUGUCAUGGACAGGAACUUUGAGGUGCUGUGUGUGAGCCAGUUCACGCUGCAGUGCAUACUGAAAGCCAACAAGCCAGACUUCCACUCAGCCAUGCCUGCAGAGUUGGCCCAGCCCUUCUACAAUAGCAUCCUGGAGAACAUGAGGAGUACCUACAAGCCAGAGCUCAUUAAGGACGGGGAGUUUGGCGCCUAUAUGCAGGUCCACAUACAAAAUGACGGGCCUGUUACCAUUGAACUGAUGUCACCUAGUGGCCCCACAGACCCCAGACAGCUGUCCAAGCAGGAGAAGCAGCAGCAGAGGAAAGAGAAGACGCGCUCCAAGGGCCCCUCAGAGUCGAGCAGGGAAAAAGUCGCGUCACGUUCCCGACAGGACCCCAACGCCAGCAGUGGAGCCGACGGUGAUGUGUCAUCAGAGAGGGAGACCUAAGUCAGCAGGAUGUCAAACCGGGGACAUAACGGUGAGCCCAGUUUCCACAGGAAGGCCUUAAUCCUCAGUGACUCUUACAGCUGACCGUGGACUGUCCUCCUUCCUUUGGACAUCAGCAGGAUUCUCUUGGCCUGUCGCAGAGCAUCACCCCUUUGCCAGUGUCCUUGGCUUCUCUCCUCCAGAUAUACAGUAGAUCCUCCCAACGGAUUGGCUAGGUGUAAAGUAAAAACACUGCCCAGUUUUCUUAGAUCGAUGAAGGGAGUUUGAACAAGGGUGCACAGGAAGGAAACAGCCAUCGGCAGCACUGUACUGUUUUUUUUUUUUCCCUACUGCCUAUCUUUUCAUGUUUCUACUUCCAUCUGGCUUUGUUUCUGUCCCAUCUUUUCCUUUCAGAUUCCCCCUGCCUGUCUCACUCUAAUCCCUGCUUGGAGUCAUGGCACUGACCCUGAAGCAUACAGUAACUCAGCUCCAAGGUGGCAAAAAAAGUAUCAAAGGUACCCAGCCCUACCUGGGUCACAACCCGCGAUGCAUACUGGGCGAUGGGGUUUACACGUCAUCUGAAUGUCUCUCAAACGGCUUCGUGAGGACAAGUGUCAAUUACAUGUACUUGUCCCUCUGUGGACAGGCACACACAGACAUGAAACGGGUUUUGACCGCCUGCCCUUUUUCUGGGAAGUUUUUAUUUUCAAAUAAACGAAUAUAUAUAUUCCUGUUUGCGCACAGCUUUCCUGUCAAACUAAUUUGCAAAAUAAGCGUUCGGGCAGAUUAGACUGUUACGAUUAAAAUAAAUUGAUAAGGAAGUCAGAGUUUUGUUAAUAUAUUUAAAGUUUUUUUUUUUUUUUUUUUUUUUUUUUUAAAUAAAUAAUUAUAAGAAGUGCCCUUUUUCCACUUGAGACCCUGCCCCCCAAAAUGUCUGUGGAGAGGGGCCAUCUGUGCUUCACCAUCAGUGGACACUGGCACCAGUCGGGUUGGGCAGACUUUGGCCUCCCAAAAAUACAUCUACUAUUUAUUAAUGUGUUUGAUUUGCGCUGUCCUGCUGUCACUUGACAGAUCUGAAUGUACAUUUUCUUUUCAUUUUAUAAAGAUGUCAAGGGAAUGCUGUUUUGUGUGUGUGUGUUUUUCCACUGCAUUAUUCUGCUUGUUUUAUAUGUGAUGCAAAAGCAGGGGUGCUUGUCCUUAUUUCUCCUUUCAGCAUCACCACCUGGCCCGUCUAUACUGUCCCAACUUUAGCCCUUUUUUAUUUAUUUUUUUAGUUCAGAAAGUUAUUCCUGGCCAACCAUACCAUACACCUCCCCCCUCCCUCCCUCCCUCCCAUGGUACUGAGCUGAGGUUUCUCCAUGUUGUGGUGGAGAGCAGCAGGAGACGGAGAGGAGCUGCUGUAACAUGGGCCUGGGAGCUCUCGGAGAGAGAAGACAUGACCCAAAUAUGUCUGCUAGCUAGCUAGCCUUAGUACUGCUUCAAAUUGGGCUAUCACUGCAGCUCUCCCACUGCAAUGACUGCAUUGUGAUCCCCAGCGGCAGUCAGGCUUUAAAGGAGACUGCGGAGCCUUGGAUUAUUGAUGUACCGUAGCAAACAUCUGAGAGGGCUGCAAUUGAUUACAGCUGUAACGGGGUGAGAACAGGGAGUGUUGAGUAGGGCAGAUGUUCAAGGUUUGUCUGUUUAUGGAAUCACCUGGGUAUCAAACCAACCGGGCUGUUUGUGUGGACACCCUGAGCUGCGGGGCAGGGCAGUGGGCGCGGUGUCCCUCAGACAUGGGGAAAGUGGGUUAAAUUCCAGGCAUUCUCUCACAUCUAAAGCCACACUGUUUCUGGUUUGUCUUCUCAACAACUUAUCGUACAUCUUGUGCGUGUGUGAGAGUCCUUUGCCAAACCCACUGGCUAUGGAAAAACAAUUUAACUGGAUUUAAUUUGUUUCUCUCUCCCCCCCCCCCUCCCCUCCUUCUUCCCCUCGCGUUUUUUUCUUCUUCUUCUUUUGUGUGCCUCUGAGAGGUUGGGAAUUCAUCUUGUUUAGUAAUUCCAUGCCCAGUCUGAGCUCGCUUUGCAAGUUAGACAGGCCAGGUUCCAUGGGCAGCUCUAGGAUCUCCAUGAUCUCCUUCAUGUGUGGAUUAUUACUAUAGUUUCCUUUUCCCAUAAACGUGGAUUAUUUUUCUUCAAAAUAUGUUGGGCAACUCUGUCAUAUCUCUUGCCUUCCCUCUCUCCCUCUCUCUCUCUCUCUCUCUCUCUUUCUUGUCUUUUAUUUUAUCAGUCUAAGCUCCAUGCUCCUAAGGGUUAAAAAAGCACAAUGAAACCAGUUGCCUAGAGCCCUGACCACUUUUUCCAUUCUUGCUGGAAAGUUUCCAGUGCUAUUUAUAUGAAACUUCAGGCCCGACAAUCAAGAAACCCAUUUGGCCAGGAUAAAGAAUUAUGCAUUAUCCUAAAGAUCUUCUUUUUAACUUAAAUUGGUACGCAGAAAACAUCAGAAAUGGCGGCCACACUGUGAAAUCUAUCUCUGUUUUGUAGACACAGAUAAUGCAGUGAGUGAGCAGACUACAUGUACAAGCAGGCACAAGUGAACUCAAGACCUAACUACUAUUGUGCAGCCAAAGAAAAUACUACACCUAAUCUGUCCUGGCUUGAUGUAUGAUUUGCUGCAGUAAGAGUUCCAACUCUUAUUUUUAGACCAAAAUUCCGAGGAGAAACCGAAUCGGUUGUUUAUUUAUGUUGUCUUUUGGCUGAGAUAGUGACAUAUUUUGGAAUGAUAACAUUAUUACUGCUAUCGUUCGUUAGGAGAUAUAGUUGGCCCAGAAGGCAUCAGUGUUUGGCUGCUGCCCGCAGGGUUUUGUGUGUUUGAAUGGGUGAGUGGGAUUAGUCCAAAACAACUCAAGUUAUUGUUGUGUUCUAUCUUUAUAUGUCUGCUGCAUUCUACCACUAGGCAGCACUGUUGUAAAGCAGGUAUUAGUUGAGAUCCUGAGUACAGAGAGUGAGAGAAGAAGAUGGCGACUACUGAAUGUACCGUGCUUUGCUACCAUGCUUGCUAUUAAGAACUGUUGGAAUAAUGUAAUGCUUCCUGUUGAAGUAAACGGCACUUGUUGAACAUU